UGGUGGCGGCGGCUGCGCGCAAGGUGCCAAAAUUAUGGAGGAGCUGAGGCCCAACCUCGUGGGAGGACUUCUCGGGGUGCCGGGCCUUCUAGACGAACACCAAAGUGAUGCCAAGUUUCACCCGUCGGGCGUUGAGAGCAAGUAUACACCGGACAAGGGACGGAAAUGUAGCAACGCUUCGUCUUCUUCCGCCGAAGAGUUUGGGGGCUUGUAUGGUGGAGACCACGCGGCCACGCCGCCCGCACCUCUUAGCCGAUCUCUGCAAGAUCACUCAGAAGGCGCGUUCAAGAAGCUAAAGCCAGAGCCGGGCGGGUCGGGCGGCGGAGGCUCGACAUCCGCGCUGUCGCCGGCGCUGGGCCCACAGCACGCCGGACACACGCCCACCACCGCCUCUUGCCCCACACCCGCCAGGCGGAGGCAUAGGACUACUUUUACACAGGAACAAUUAGCGGAAUUAGAAGCAGCUUUUGCGAAGUCUCACUACCCCGACAUUUACUGCAGAGAGGAGCUCGCAAGGACGACCAAACUCAACGAGGCUAGGAUACAGGUAUGGUUUCAAAAUCGUCGUGCGAAGUACCGCAAACAAGAGAAGCAGCUCCAGAAGGCUCUCGCGCCCGCCGUACUACCGGGCUGCAACGGCAUGAUGCGCAACAUACAGGGCUACCGCGGAUACCAGCCAUACCCACAUCCCAACACCAUCAAUAGAUAUCCACAGCAUCACGGCAGUUACGAGGAGUUGCAGAAGGACAUAUUCUCGCUGUCUCAGAUGGGCGGCGGCUCAUACCCCAUGCCGCAGGGCUUCUCCAUGGGCCACAGCGCCAACAUGUCCGCAGUCGGUAUGCGGCAAGAUGCCAUGGGCAUGAGUGCAGAGGACGAAUGGUACAACAAAUCAUUGUCCGCUCUACGAAUGAACAGCGGCCAUCAUGCAAACCUAACCGCGGCACCAAUGCUGCAAUACCAGACCUAAUCGCUACUGCACGGCGCCGACUACUCGCCGGCGCCGGCGCACGACUACGCGCCACCAUAAACAGCCAGCAAUGAAACGAAUACAAGUCGUUUCA